CCUGCGCAUUGGUACGACUCCUGAUUUCUGAAGUCAAAGAGAGCCAUGCCUGAUGCACCGAAAGCCGCGAAGAAGGGCUCCAAGAAAGCCGUCUCCAAGAGCGUGACCAAGACCGGCAAGAAGAGGCGAAGGACCAGGAAGGAGAGCUAUGCCAUCUACGUGUACAAGGUCCUGAAGCAGGUCCACCCCGACACCGGUAUCUCCUCCAAGGCUAUGGGGAUCAUGAACUCCUUCGUGAGCGACAUCUUCGAGCGUAUCGCCGGUGAGGCCUCCCGUCUGGCUCACUACAACAAGCGCUCCACCAUCACCUCCAGGGAGAUCCAGACCGCCGUCCGCCUGCUCCUUCCCGGCGAGCUGGCUAAGCACGCCGUGUCUGAGGGCACCAAGGCUGUUACCAAGUACACCAGCUCCAAGUAAACUUACCCUUCAUCUAAACAACCCAACGGUCCUUUUCAGGACCACCCACUACUUCAACUAAACGCUGUAUUCCUGUUAUUUCAACAUUAUCAAUGGUAUUAGCAGACAUUAAAGGUGAAAUGAUUUAAUUCAAAAUUUUGUUUCUGAGAUUUUUGACAUUCUGGGUCAGGUAUCAAAUUUGAGAGCCCAUUGGACAUGACCUUUGCAGACAUAGUUCCUUCAUGCUUGUUUUGCCCAUGGUGGCUUAUUUUUCUGUCUGGGGGAGGCAACUCUCCAGUGUCUUGAAUUUGUGGUGUGUGUCUUCCAUAUUGUGACACAACGGUCUCCAAACUAUUAAAGAUGGCCAGAUCUGACAAUGUGAUGAUGCCUGGGGGCCAAUACUAACACUUUAAAAAUUAAAAAUACCAAUUUAAGUUGCAUACAAAUGCACUGUUCUGAACAGUUUUCAAAGUUGUUGUUUUUUUUGUUUUUUUUUUAAUGACUGUCACCAAAUCUAAGCUAAUCAGGCAUGAACAAAUCUAUAAACGGUUCUUUUCUUUCACAUCUAAAGUCAUGAAAAAUCAAUUGUAUGCAAUGCAUUAAACUUGCAUGAUAUAUACAAAGCAUGUUUACUCUAAACAUAACUUAUGAUUAAUUCAAAGUUUAACAUUUAAGAUUAAAAUGUAUCAGUCUUGCUCUUGUGCUUCAUUAUGUCAACUGAAGAAAAAGCCAAAUCUGUAUGUAAUAAACAGAGGUUAUUUACAUUAA